CACACGCACAGACGUGCACACACACUCACACACACACACACACUCAGGAGCCGCGGCGCUUCACCACUUCUCGUCUUUUCCACGACCCGCGCGCCGCUCAAAUGCCAGUGUAUUUGGCCGUGGAUGCAACGCGGAUGUCUUCAGCACGGACUCGGGAACGGAUUCAGUACUGAGCCCGAAUUUCAGUACAGGCUUCCCGAAACGUUUCUUUCUUUCCAUCUUUCUCAUCAAGUCAUUUAGAUGAGUAUGGUGUCGUGGUGGAGUUGCGCCUCUCUACAUAUAAGAUGCGCUUUCUUUAUCAGCCUGGCGGUUUGUGCCACACGGGGGGCGACCCCCAGCAACGAAGUGAACCUGCUGGACUCGCGCUCUAUAAUGGGUGACCUCGGAUGGAUAGCAUACCCGAAGAACGGGUGGGAAGAAAUCGGAGAGGUGGAUGAAAACUACGCCCCUAUUCACACGUAUCAGGUGUGUCGAGUGAUGGAGCACAACCAGAACAACUGGCUUCAGACGAGCUGGAUCGCUAAUGAAGGCGCUCAGCGAGUGUUCGUGGAGCUGAAGUUCACCCUGAGGGACUGUAACAGCCUGCCUGGUGGCUUAGGCACCUGCAAAGAGACUUUCAACGUCUUUUACUACGAGUCCAACGACGACGACGACCGAAACAUCCACGAAACCCAGUACAAUAAGAUCGACACCAUCGCGGCUGACGAAAGCUUCACCGAGCUGGAUCUGGGAGACCGAGUGAUGAAAUUAAACACAGAAGUGAGAGAUGUCGGCCCUCUCACUAAGAAAGGCUUCUACUUGGCUUUCCAAGACCUGGGAGCCUGCAUCGCCCUCGUGUCUGUGCGGGUCUUUUACAAAAAGUGCCCGACAGUCGUGAAGAACUUGGCUGUCUUCCCAGAUACUAUCACCGGAUCCGACUCUUCUCAACUCCUGGAGGUGCUGGGGACCUGCGUCAAUAACUCAGUGGCCGAGGAACUUCCCAGAAUGCACUGCAGCGCCGAGGGGGAGUGGCUGGUGCCCAUCGGGAGGUGCAUGUGCCAAGCAGGCCAUGAGGAAGUUAAUGGUUCCUGUCAAGUGUGUAAGCCUGGCUUCUACAGAUCUGCUCUGCAGACUAGGACAUGCAGUAAGUGUCCUCCUCACAGCUUCACUAAAACAGAAGGCUCCACUUCCUGUCAGUGUGAGCACGGUUACUACAGGAAGGACACCGACCUGCCCAACAUGGCCUGCACAAAGCCUCCUUCAGCCCCACGCAGCGCCAUUUCCAAUGUAAACGAGACGAGUGUGUUGUUGGAGUGGAGCACCCCGGAGGAGACUGGCGGCAGGAAGGAUGUGACCUACAGCGUGGUCUGCAGGAAGAUGAAUGCCGAGUUGAGGCAGCACGAGCCGUGCGGCAGCCACGUGCGCUACCUUCCCCAGCGCACCGGCCUGAGCAACACGUCGGUGAUGGUGCUCGACUUGCUCGCCCACACUAACUAUACCUUCGAGGUAGAGGCUGUGAACGGUGUCUCGCAGCUCACGAAUCCUCUACGCCAAUACGUUUCUCUUAACGUCACAACCAACCAGGCGGCACCAUCUCCCAUCACUCUUGUCAAGAGAGGCAAGACGGCGAAGAACAGCAUCGCCGUGUCCUGGCAGGAACCAGACAGACCCAAUGGCAUUAUCCUGGAGUACGAGAUCAAGUACUUCGAAAAGGAUCAGGAGACUAGUUACACCAUUGUCAAGUCAAAGGAGACAGAUGUCGUGGUGGACGGGCUGAAGCCAUCCUCGGCAUACAUCUUUCAGAUCCGAGCUCGCACCUCGGCAGGCUACGGAGCCUUCAGUCGGCGAUUUGAGUUUGAAACCAGCCCCUACUUGUCUGCCUCCAGAGAUCAGGGCCAUGUGCCCGUCAUCGCUGUGGCUGUUACUCUGGGAAUAAUCCUCCUGGCACUGAUCACCGGAUUUCUACUCAGUGGCAGGCGCUGUGGCUACAGUAAAGCGAAACAGGAUCCCGAUGAGGAGAAGAUGCACUUUCACAAUGGCCACAUCAAAUUCCCCGGAGUGCGUACAUAUAUUGAUCCUCACACCUACGAAGAUCCUAACCAAGCUAUUCACGAGUUUGCGAAGGAGAUUGAUGUGCCUUGCAUUACAAUAGAGCGUGUGAUCGGAGCCGGUGAGUUUGGAGAGGUGUGUAGUGGGCCAUUAAGACUGCCAGGGAAAAGAGAGAUUGUGGUGGCUAUUAAAACACUGAAAGCAGGCUACACUGAGAAGCAGAGACGAGACUUCCUGGGUGAGGCCAGCAUCAUGGGCCAGUUUGAUCACCCUAACAUCAUCCACCUAGAGGGUGUGGUCACUAAAAGCAAACCGGUGAUGAUCAUUACGGAGUACAUGGAGAACGGGUCUCUAGACACCUUUUUAAAGAAGAAUGAUGGGCAGUUCACGGUGAUCCAGCUGGUUGGCAUGCUGCGUGGCAUUGCCUCGGGCAUGCGCUACCUCUCUGACAUGGGCUACGUGCACCGCGACCUGGCCGCCCGCAACAUCUUGGUCAACAGCAACCUGGUGUGUAAGGUGUCCGACUUCGGCCUGUCUCGAGUGCUAGAAGACGACCCGGAGGCGGCCUACACCACCCGCGGAGGGAAGAUUCCCAUCCGAUGGACAGCACCGGAGGCUAUCUCUUACAGGAAGUUCACCUCCGCCAGCGACGUGUGGAGCUACGGAAUUGUCAUGUGGGAGGUGAUGUCAUACGGUGAAAGACCCUACUGGGAGAUGAGCAAUCAAGAUGUGAUAAAGGCCGUAGAGGAGAGCUACAGGCUGCCGAGCCCUAUGGACUGCCCUGCAGCUCUCUACCAACUCAUGAUGGACUGCUGGCAGAAGGACAGGAACAGCAGGCCCAAGUUUGAUGAGAUAGUGAGCCUCCUGGACAAGCUCAUCCGCAACCCAAGCAGCUUAGUCAGUCCCACCAACAGGGUGUCCAAUUUAUUAGUGGAGCAUGGCAGUGCGUUCAGCUCUGUUGGGGAGUGGUUAGAUGCCAUAAAAAUGGGUCGAUACACCAAGCUUUUCAUGGAAAGUGGAUACACAUCACUGGACGUAGUCACUCAGAUGACCUUAGAAGACGUAAGGAGGGUUGGAGUCACUCUGGCUGGGCACCAGAAAAAGAUUCUCAACAGCAUCCAGGAGAUGCGUGUCCAGAUGACGAAUGCCACUAUUCCUGUCUGAGGCAUCUCUUAGAGCUGCUCGAUCCUACAGUAGAAGCCUAGCACUUUUUUGUUUGUUUGUUUUUAAACCAGGGACACUUAUUUAUUGAAUAUGGAACUAUUAAUAAACUCUCAAAGGACUCGAUAUUCCUGAGGAACAAAAUGAGGAUUGACUCGAAGGCUGGACGGAGAGUUAUGGGUAUAGUUAUGCACAGCCCGUCAGCCUCCUGACGGCCUCGACACGGCCGAGUCACACGUGUUGGCAAUGAAACGUUUGGAAAAGUGUGGCACAUGUGGUUCCAGGUAGGACCACUGAGGAGUCUGGUGGAAGUCUCUGGGCUGAAUGUAUAGCACUUUUUUCAAAACCUCAUGCAACAAUAUUAUUACCUCCAAAAAGUCACAAAAUCUCCAGUCUACCUACGUCGACAGAUGUUAUUCCACAUGUUCACUCGGAGGAAAGGUCAUGCAGUAAGGCUUCAACCAUAUCAGUCGGUGAAGGAUGAAGCGGCUGUGUAUUACAAAGCAAUAUUCGAUUUCAAGCUUGAUACUGAUUUCAUUUUCUUUUUGAAAGAAAUGUGUGCACCCGUGUGUGUGUGUGUGUGUGUGUGUGUGUGUACAGUUUUCAUUUGCACAGUAUAUGUCUUAAUCCAGGGGGAAACACACAAAAAAAGUACAAGCUUCGAUAAAACAAAUAUUUGGCUCCAGUUAUAACUUUAUGAUUUAUAUGUAAAUAGUGUACAGUUAGCUGAAGCGAAUUCAUCCAUGUUUGGGGUUCAUUAACGUUUUAGCUGGAAACCAUUAGUAAUAAGAUGUUGACAUAGAAACGAGAAAUGUUCCUAGUACUUUUCAGUAACAGCGAGUUUAUUUUACACUUGAUGUCCUGGAUUCUACAAGUGGUUUUGUGCGAUUGAUUUCUAUUGCGCUUCAUUUUGCCCAGACUUUCCUGGCAUAUUCUUUUACAACUCUUUGUCUGCAGUUGCAAAUACAAAUAUACAUUUAAAAGAAAUAAUAAAAUCAGUAGCUCUCAGUAUCUUUAUGAACAGCCGUUACUGAAAAUCUGUAUUUUCCCUGUAUAUCAUUACGUCUAAACAGCUCCGCUAUGGCCACUCGUGGUUUUCCAAUCACUUUAGAGGAUCUUCCCACACGAAACUGUAGUCAAACCAAAGCAUUACAUGAGCAUAAUCAUACAUUAAUGAGGUCAUGUUUACUAAUAAGUGCUUUGUGCUAAUGAGUGCACUGGUCAGUUGAGGUAGGAGGAUCAUGCAGGCUCAAAGAGUGAGAAGUUUAGCUUGUAUUAUAAGAUGGGAGUUCAAGUCGACCCGGUACUUUUGAGAUUAUACGAUAAAAGAACAAGUUUCAAAGCGUGAAAACUGCAUUGAUUUUGCUACGUUUAUACACUUGUUUAACUGACACCCAGAAAGAUUCGGUAUAGAAAGGUUCAUCAUCCGAGAACAGCCUCUGUCACUUCGUCAUCAGGAAACCACCACGAUCGAGAUCGUCACUGACGGCCAUCUUUGAAACUUCGAGAAAUCUUCUGUAGAUAUCCGCUGGUUUAACGGGUUCCUUACGCCACAACAAACUUCACCAUUCGCUGUUCCGUGCACGCACUAACAAUUGUGUCUACCAUCUUGAUUAACUCUCCAGGCUCUGGACCGGCCCGUGACAUGUGCUCUGACCUAUCAGGUAUAGGACACACUAGCCUCUCUAGUAUUGUGACGCUAGCAUCCAUUUUUAUACCCUGUAUAAAAAAAGUCCCGGUUUGACUCGAACGCCAUCUCGUAUAAAGUGCCGAGACUCAGCAAGCACGUCGCUAUUAUUUGUUUUAAUCUUCCAUCUCGUUUCUAAGUGCUUCCAUUUAUUUAGCCGUCGGAAUCAAACAUUUCGUAUGCUAACUGAAUGUUCUGGGUUGAAUCCCGUCAUCAAAGACAAAAAGUUUCUCUGAUUGCUUUUUCUUAGUAACAAUUUUUCAAAGCUAAAGGUUUCUUCCUCAUACCACCUAAAGGAGUUUUUCAUCUUCCACAAAUAAUUCCCUUUUUCUGUUCUAUAAUUGGUACGUUCUGUAAAGCUGCUUUGAGACAAUGUCCAUUGUAAAAAGCGCUCUAGAAAUGAACUUAAACUAAUGUGACAGAACAAACCACGCAAAUCUUCAUACGCUAUUCUGAAUAAUGUGUUAUUUAGUAUUAUACAUGGAGCGUAACUGGUGAGGUUUGUGAUAUGAUUGCUGGGAGAGAUGUGAAGGACGCUGAAUAUCAGCACAUGCUAUAAAUGAUUUAUAUAAAUCCUCUAAUGUUAAAUAUUACGUGAAGCUUUUUUUUAUUAUUAGCAUUUUCUGUUGUCAGCACCUUCGGCAACCUGUUCACCAACGCUUCAUUUGCAUUGAACAUCCACACUUUAACCAGUAGGGAGGUGGUGGAUCAGGCAUUGGACUCUGGAUCAGCAGGUCGCCAGUUCAAAUCCCGACACCACCAAGCUGGAGACAUGAGCAAGGCCCUUAACCCUUAAGUGCGUCUGCCAAAUACCUUAAAAAAACGUCUUAUUUUACGUCGUGUGUUUUAUUAAAGGUGUUAUUCUGAAUUACAGCUAGUUUUAUUAGAAUAAAAGACAAAUUAAUCAAUUCUCUAUUUUUAAAGUGACCUUUAAGUUCUUUAUAUUUGGACUCAUUUUGGACUGAGGAAUGUACUGUAUAUGGUUCCAGUUAUUUUGAAGCACAGUAAAAUCCAGAAACAUGCAAUUUUUUUAAAGAAGAACUUCACUACAUGUUCAACCACCCUGAAAGCUAUAGACAUUAAUGUUACAGAUUUGCUUUAUUACAAAAUAAAUAUCAACCAUUCACACUAACAACAGAUAUCAGAUCGUAUCACUGAAAUUUGUGAGCGUUUUUUAACUGCAGGAAAGCCAGACAGAUCCCACCAUCUGAUCACUGAUCAUCUUAAGGCCUGAGGUUCUUUCGGGUCUUCCUUUAUUAACACUGGCGUGUAGGACAGACAUUCAUAUGGAACAGAAAUGAUAAAACAUGCAUGAUGCUGAGGUGAGGUUUGCUCAUAUGCAUUUUCUCGCCAUAAAUACGUUCUGGCUUGUCACAUGCCACAAAAUAUUUUCAGAACAGUAUUGUUCCAAAAAAAAAAAAAAAUCUACAAGCACAGGAAAAAAAAUGUGUUGCUGUUUUGUGACAAUUUGUUUACUCCCUUUUGUUAUUGUGUGUUUUGUUUGUGUACAUG